AUAGAAAAUCCAAAACAUUCGUCGAAUCAGUCCUUCCUUGAGCCAGUCCGGAGCAUUAUUAUUCUGACUCAGAUUAUCAUUAUCCAGAAUAUACAUCCAUUGAUCCAACAACCUUCGAUUUUCACAAAAUUUAACAUCAUGUCCAUCCCACUGGAUGCCCGAGAAAUAUUAAGUCACUUGAAUCAGCUUGGAUACCGAAACAUCACCCCAGACCAGUUGAAAGAAUUUCAAAAAGAUUUGCGGAAGCUUAUCAAAUUCGACACCGGAGUAAGGGGCCCAAAUGUCGGUGCUUCUCUGAAUCCGGAAGCACUAAUGCGCGGCGCUCAACAGAUGAACACCUUCCAACGGUUACAUACGCUGACAACAAUCAGCUACGAUGCGAAAAUCGCGAGGAAUAUACCCACGAAGCAAUCUCAGUCAGCAACAGUUGAAUCAAGGAAAGAAUCUGAAACAGGGGCGGCUCAACAUCUGCGAUCGGAGACAGUGACACCUGUGGAUGAGCAUGACGCAAAGGAAAUUCAUCUUUUGGAUGGGGGAAGAUCUAAGAAACUGAAAAGUGGAAAGGAGAACGUUGCUGCUAAUAAGAUGUGGAUUCGUCCACGGAGCAGUAGUGCCAAUAGCUUUCGCAAAAACGAUCCGGUCUCGCUGUAUCACUCCUACCAGAAAGAUUGGGCACGCUUCAAAAACCAACUCCCUGGAGAGAAUGAUCGUUCUGAUCUUAGGUGGCAGAUACGGACCAAGUUGCUUGGCGAGAAAUAGCGCAGCAGAGUUCAGCAAAUCAUCUUGCUAGAAAAUUGUCCGUCCAUACUGCAAACAAAACAAUGGUUUGUCUUUUUACGACAUACCUAUGCAUAUUAAAAUAAGGCUUACGUAUAGACUGAUAAAUGUAACCAAGUUGUACCCUACAAUAAACUAGACGAUUUUUUUUAGUAACAA